GCAUCACAACUAGAUAAACGCUCACCAGAGGUAUUAAUUUAUGUUCAGCUCGUGAUGAUAAUCGCGCCGUCGUGACUUUUUUCUUGUGUUUUAGUUUUUUUAUCAUUAAAGUUGAAAAAUAAAUGUCUUCCGUCUGACGAACAAUUCCAAUUUAUCUUAUUGAGGAUGAGAUAAAAUGAGAACAACGAGGUGACGAGUGUGCUGGUACUUUUGUUCUGAUAUGGUCGCUGUUGUUGCAUUCUACUUGAGGUCGCUGUUGUUGACGAUAAAUUAGUGGCGCGUACAGAAAUCCUCUAUCCUUGUUCAUCGAAAUUAUAUCUUCGUGUCUUAUUUGUCUGUGCAGUUGUGAUCCACAGACGCAGUGGUUUUGAAUUAGCAUCUGUGGUCGUGUUGUUUAGCAUCAUGCGGUGUGCACGUGCAGUAUCAAGAACGUAAAGGUGGUAGUGGUGUAAGCAACAAGUACUACAGAGUUGUGCUUCUACUACACUGUCAUGUUGGUGUUGUUCGCGUAGGCGCUGUUAGUUUAUUUGAUGACAUCAGACAUCAGAAGAUGCGAUUUAUAUUGUGACCACGACGACGAGCAGCGCACAAGUGCAUAUUACUUUCUAUAUCCUUCCAAUUGUAAUGGUUUUCGUUUUUGCAAGUCUUAUGCUGGAUGAGACGACCCAGAAUCAAAAUAUUUCGAGGAAAAUCUAGCAUGCUACUUCUCGUCAUCGGUUCAAAACUACUGCACGAAUAACUACCUACAACUACAAGCCGUUACUCAGGCACAACGAGCGCUCUACACAAGGAUAUCUCCACUCUUAGGUCAAAAGUCAGAAAUUUGGUAAUACCCUCCGGCACUCGAAGGCCUCCUAAAACAACGCUCUCCCUCUUUCGCAAAGAGCACCUCCAACAUAAGUACAUAAUUGCUCCUUUUGCGCACCACACGUAUCUUCAGCAUACUAGAAUCAUGAAUACUUCGGGUUCCGAUCAUUCCCGGUAUGAUGAAAGUUGCUCUAGUAUUGAUGUCUCGAUGAGAAUUACAAUCCUCUAUUUGGUACGCACAUCAUCAAGUCGCAAUUUCUUGUUGCUCAACACGUCGUCUUCAUCACGUUGGUACUGAGUAUACACGCUAUAGCGGAUGAAGUCCUCUACUAUGUUCUUGACAGAUGAGUAAUUCUCGAGUAAUUGAGAAUCAAUGAUCUUCUGAUUUAGCUUUGACUUCUGCCAGGACAGGAGGUGUGAAAUCCGGUAUCUUGGCUGCUAGCUGGGGACGACCUAUCCCUCUACCUCACUCGCGAACGGUUUGCAAGGAGGAAGGCGGAUGUUGCCAUUACUCUGGAUACCAGGAGUCAGCUUCAAGAACACACUGGUGAUUGGUAAGUCAUCAUUCAUCUUUGUGUUUGUUCCUGUAGAGGUCAGGAGCUAGUGCAGCUUCUUUAAUCAAAUAUGACGGAAACGACCUGCUGGGCCUCCGUAUUUAUAGUAUUAAACUGUUGCACAGCUCCUGAGAGUGGACCUGCUAGCACCCGUUCAUGCAUCACAAUAACAUCUCGAAAAACCUCCACAAACGCAAUAAUUCUCAUGUCAGAAAGUACUGGCUACAAGUACAAAUAAUAUCUAUGAUAAGAAAUGCAAUUUUUGCAACCUUGAUACAACUAUCUUCAAGAAGAAGAACAACAUCAUGAAUCUGAAUGACUCUUCAUCAUCCUUACUCUUUCUUAGCACGACAAGGAGCUGCCAAUAGCGACUAGGAUCUGGACACAGUAGGACAGCAUGUACCUAUGCUGCUAUUGUGACAACAAUUUUGAAGUCUUGUGUUUGACAAAAUUGUUCAAUGUAGUUAUUUGAUGUUCGGUGGAAAGAAAGUAAGUUCUUGAUACUGACGGAGUAAUUUAAUCUUCUACAUCCAAUUAGUUGUUGAUCUUUGUUCUCUAGCCGAGAAUAUCAACUUCAACAUGAUUGAUUCAAAUUGAUACUGAGUAAGUAGCAAGCAUAAUUCGAAGUACUCUCAUCUACACCAAAAAAAUUCUAUGGUCGCAUCAAAGAAGAACUCAAUCGCCGCUUUCAUUUGAAAACGAGUCGACGUGUUGUCAAAUUUGCAAGUCUAGUCUUCACUUGUUGUUGAUGGUCGAAUAAUAUUGCGGCGACGUCGGCACCAGGAAACGCGAACGCAGAGGCACACGGACGAUCUGCGGCGUAACGCAGUGAGUGACCCCUCUAAUACAUCUUUCAGACGCACGUGACGCAGCAGACAAGAAGGUUUUCGAUCUUUUUACAGCUUUUGCCGACUGAGAUAGCCGCAAGGACCACGAGCAUUCGUGGAGGCCAAAUCUGAGCAAAGCGAAUCGCAGUGCGUGAAGAACCUUUUCUCACUCAAAGGAAAUUUUAACCUGUUUUCUUUCUCACUUUCCAGAACCACGCUAGUGACCUCACAAGAUGAAGCACGCAUCACCAAUUGGAGGAAGAAGUUCGAAAAAAGGUGGUAAUAAUAUGCCUCCACCACCAGGGAUUCCGCGAGGUGGAUCACGCCGUCACAAUCAGAACAAUCAGAACAAUUCUACUAGUGGGCAACAACACGGUAAUCAAAGUAAUUACUACAACCAGCACAAUGCAGGAGCAACCGGAGGAACAAGUGGCAGCGCGAAUAGUCAAAAUAUGAACAAGAACCACCAGCAGCAUCACGGUAGCUCAACAACAUCUGGAAAAGAUGGAGGUAACUACCAACAGGGUGGCUCAACCAGCAGCACGACUAGAGGCCGCACUGAUAGUGCGAAUAGUAACGGGAGCUCAGGCUCACAAGGCAAAGGUGGGCAUCAUCAAGAUUGGCACAUGCAGCAGGAUCAUCGAUAUAAUAAUGUUAAUGCUGGCACGAAUAUGACUUUCGGUAUCCCUCCUCCCAUAUCGAACAGCGGAACAAGGGCACCAGCAACGAUGCCUUUACCCGAUCCCUCCCAUAACCACCAGAUGACUACAAGUAAUCAACAACAUACUUCUAGUGCGUCAAAUACGAAUAGCUAUCAAAAUUAUGCUGGUACUACAAGUACUUCCAACACCCUAGCUCCUCCAACAUCUGGUGGAGCGAUGUCAGCUGCUACACCUGGCACCGCAGGAGGUAGUAGUGGUGGAGCGACAGGAGGUCCAAGUCCGCGGCCUGUUGUGCCCGAUGGAGGAAAUGAAGCCACUGGAGGAAAUGGCACCUCAGGAACAGCGGGAACGGCCUCUUCGAGUAGUGGUGCAGCUGUACCUUCUGCACCAGGUGGCGGUGAGUCAUCUUCUUCUUCAUCAGGAGGAGCUCCGGUCGGAGGUGUUCAAGGGACGAGUGCCGGUGGCGGAGGAUCAUCUUCUUCAUCUGCUGCUGCUCCUCCAGGGUCGUCCACAGGAAAUUAUAAUAAUACGACUGGUUGUACAGGAGGAGCAACAUCAACAAGUGCUUCCGCAGCAGGCGGACCAUCCGGAACUGCCGCACCAUCCGCAACCGGCCUCAACAUAACCGCCUACAAUAAACCUUCAACUCGCUGGGCCGAUCAGGGCUACCAAGUGGGCGAUUUCCUGGGCCAAGGAGCUAUGGGCACGGUCUUCAAGUGUUUUCGAAAUGGACAGACUUAUGCUGUGAAGCGAAUAGAUUUGGCGAAACUGAGACUGAGGAACAACGAACAACGACUGCGACAAAGACUAGUGCGGGAAAUCAGCAUCUUGCAGACUGUGGGAACCCAUCCGAAUAUUGUUGUUAUGAAAGACUGUUGUAGUUAGAGUUGUUCGUGUUCCACCUUCGCCUUGCUAGUUUAGAUGAUGCAGCUAGUCGUGAAGGUGAAUAAAGAGAUCGAUGUUGAAUAUAGAAACAUCAGUCAUCAUAUCUACAACGUAAGUACUAAAGUUUUCUAAUCUUCGUUACGAGGGCUGCUACGACGAGAAGGAGUCCCAGCUGCUGUUCAUCGUCCAGGAAUACGUUGCUGGCGGCGAAUUACUAGCGCAAAUCAUUGAGCGUUCCUUCUACGAUCCAGAGGCCUCCUGGGUGCUCAAGGGCCUCGCAAAAGGUCUCAAGUUUCUUCACGAUGUCCACAUUGCGCACAGAGAUCUAAAACCCGAAAACGUGCUGAUCUCUUCAUCCGAAGACGUCGGCGGUCACUUAACGCAUAUGAAAUUGCACAAUGUGAAGAUUGCGGACUUUGGUCUCAGCAAGGAAAUCGCGACGGAUUCAAAUCCCUUACAAAAGUCGAACAUAUUGGUGUAUGAGCAGACGCAUCAGAGUUGUGUGGGAACGCCGAUGUACGUCGCGCCUGAAGUGUUUGAUAAAAGACUAGAGGCCAGCUUUGGUGUCGAUAUUUGGGCGUGUGGGGUACUAAGAUUAUCUUUAUCACUUUUUGGAUCAGGAGCUCGCUGUUUAGAAUAAAUUAAGAUUUGUAGUUGGAGUGGACCGAUACAUAUUUGGGGUUGUAAGAAAACAACUCAAACGGAUCAACACAGGUAAUUCUCUUUGUGAUGCUUGAGGGUAAAUUUCCGUUUAAGGAGACGCUGAACACGUCGGAGAGGGACUAUGACACAGCAUUCGCGCAAUUCAAGAAACGACAAUCUACACCGGCUCUGCAAGCCCUUCGUGGCAUGUUGAAGCAAGAUCCGAAGGAUCGAUGGAGUACUAAUUCUUUGGAAGACUUAAGUUUCGUGGUACAGUUGUAGAUGAAAAUCAGUGCUGCCCAAUCAUUUUGGUAGUGGACUCAUGAUUGCUAAUUCUUGUGAAAAGACAACAUCUUAUGUUGUCAUUGAGUUUCGUUUUCAGCAUCCAUUUUCAUUCCCUCCAUCUUCAGUCAAUCUCCAUCACAUCACAGGUCCACAGCAGAUCAUCGAUUGUGGUUUUUGCCAGAUCGCCGAAACUUUCCUCGCAGACAUUAGGCAAGGCAGAGACACAGCUUCUGCCUAUGCUGUGAUCCCAUCUCCAGGCGGAGACAGUGGGGCAGAGCAUGAGCCGGAUAUAAUUGAGGACAUAAUCCCAGCAGGGGAAAAUCUUGCGGCCACGUAUAACACACCAGGAUCGUCUGGAGGGACGCCAUAUAAUCAUGGAGAUUCUGGAGGAGCUGGAUGUACUUUUUACUAUACUACGACUCUGAAAACCUCAACAACCUCUGUUAAACAAUAAUAGAAAUAGAUAUAGAUACGCUUAAUUAUUUGUUUUUCUUGUUUACCAUUACCAUCUGGCUGCACCACAUAGAUAACGUGCGCAGGCAUGGAAACUCUCUUGUUUCUUCAAAGAAAUUUGAUUACCUCCUCAUUCUUUUCCUUUUACCUUCCUCCAACAAUCUGAAUCUUCAAACACAGCUGCUCACCAACCCCCGGCGCAGCAGCUCGCAGUCGAAACACGGCAUACGCCAAAAAAUGUACGCGCUUUGUUUGACUCUGUUUCGGGUGAAAACAGUGAAAGCACGGGCAAUGUGAUGAUGAUUCCAGCGCCAAUCUCCAACGCCGGAGAGCAGCAUCAAAGUCCGCAACUCAAGAGGCAGAGAGUGGAUCCUCCUGGUGCUCCUGCUCAACCUUCACAAAGAGUGCACAACAACACAACUAGUUCUUACAACAAUCAGAUGAACCAAGUUCAUACUACAAAAUAUCUUCCAGAUCAACACAAUGGAUGGGCUACUGGAGGUGGUGCAUCUUCUUCUUCGACCGGAGGAAAAGGGAACAAACAUCACGGUGGAGCACACCAACAACAUAACCAGCAAGGUGGUGGUGGGAUGUACAAUCUGCAACCUGCAGGAGGUGGACAGGGAGGACAAGGUGGUCAACAGUCUGAUUACCUGUGGGGAGACUGGAAGUCACAGCAGAGCCAGAGAGUAGGUGUCGGUGGCGUGGCUGUAGGAGAUCAGCAUAACGCAGGAGGACAACAUCACGGAGGAACAUCCGGUGCUGGGGGAUCUAGUUCCAGUUCAUCUAGUGCGGCACCCGGUGCACCAGGACAUCAUGGAGCGGGUGCUGGAGGACAUAAUCAGCAUGUCGCUGCAGGCUCCGGUCCUUCUGGAGGUGGUAAAGCAUUGCAAGCGCAGAUGUCACACACUACAAAUCAGUGGUCUCAGUGGAACCCUAGCGGAGGUGGAGGAGCUCCUAUGAUGAACCAAAUGAACAACAUGAACAUGAAUAACACAACUGGAGCUGGUACUAGUGUGCCUUCGAGCCAACAUGUGUCGCCAUUACAAGGACCCGCUGGCGGUGCAUCUUCAUCUUCUAACGCGCACGGUGGUCCUAUGAAUCCUCCUAAUUUCCAUCUUCUACCAAUGAACAAUAACCAGCAGCAGGGUCCUCACGGAGGUGGUAACAACAAUAGCAAUAAAGGUCCUGGUGUUGGUGGAGGAAAUAACAACAUGAUGAAUAUGAAUUCCUCCAACAACAACAAGGGCUCCGAUAAAAAGGGUAAAGGCAAGAACAAGAAAGGCGACGAUCUGAAGAGCAAUAAGAGACAGAGGCUCCCCUCAACGGACCAGCAUGCAAUGCCUUUAUCGGAAAGCGAGCAAAAUCAACAGCAACAGAGCCAACACAUGAUGCAUCAGCAGCACCAACAUUAUGAGAUUUUUGUUUCGAAACUUUUAUUUUAGUGCUUGAGUAGAUGGAUGAGCAUCUACGUUAGAUUCGUUGUAGUUGAGAGUGUGAUGUACUUGUUACUCAAGUAGGCAACCUCAUAGUCGUAAGUAGUCCUACUGCACAGAUUACGAAGUCCAACUUUUCUUCUAAUCUCCACAGCAACAGCAGAUGAACAUGAACAAUCUGGCGCAGCAGCCGUCCACCGUGAAUCGUCCGAGCUGUCACGGCCAGCCGAUGGUGAUACGAGAGAAUCAGCAAAAACGGCAGUUUUGGGGUUGUCAUAAGUACCCUCACUGCACCAACACAGAAAACCCGAAGGUUUUUUGUAUGUUUUGUUAUGGCUCCUGGAUUCGUGAUUGGUAUAUUAUAAGUACUUGAAACUGAAAGAUCAUUGUUGGCUAUUAAGUAGCACUAGUUGUAGUAGAUACGAUCAUGAAUAUCAAGAAUGAAUAAUUCACAUUGCUAAUUCAAACACAAAAAAGUCCUGAAAAACCAACCCGCUCUAAUCCCUCGCCACCGAGUGCCGCUUCCGGCGCAAAGCGAAUGGCGGUUUUUUCGUCUGUCCGCAGAUUCAUUGUCGCUUUAAGAAGAGUAUCAACGAGACAGCGCCAGUCUGUAAGGAGUGCCAAUGCCAAUUCAUGGAGAUUCGACGAAAACAGAGCACCAACGCCAAAUUUUGGGGUUGCCUGAACUAUCCGUAUUGUAAGGGGAGUCGACCUUAUAAUGGGACACUCUAGUGGUCAUAGUAGAAGUUACCGCAGCAGCUGCAGGUGCAGCUGUGGCGGGUGAAGACGCCAUUUGUUGGGUCUAUUGAAGAUGUCAAGCAGGAGAAGACUAAUUGAGUGGUCGCAUGCUGAGGGGUGGAAUGUUUUCAUGAUGAAAUCGAUUUCAUCAUGAGUGGUCAUAAUUCCAGUUGUAUGUCGUGAUAUCAGCAUAUCAUCUUGGAAUAACAAUAAGCACCUUAUGAAGAUAGUACAUUAUUAUGAAGAUUACUUAGUGGCUUUCUCGGUAUCACGCAAUGAGUUGUGAUAUUAUAAUUAUAAUUUCCAUUUUGAGAUUGGCGUUAGGUGUAUUGUCCUCGCAAUCUUCGCAUAAGUUGUUUUUUUGUUGAAAAUCAGAAGCACCAAGUGUGGUGUCAUUAUAGGUCGCGGGUACGAUUAGAUACUUACAAUUUAGAUUCAGCUGAAUAACCUAAGCCUUUACCUCCGUACUGAAAUUAAAUCGCGGCAGCUGGGACGCGAGGGCUUCACUGACGCAUUGCCUUUUAUCGAUUUCAUCCACUACCAUUCAGACGACGCAGGCUAAACAACUUAUAAAUUGCUGAAUCACAAGAACAAAACCUCCCAGGAGCUAGAAGUAGUCUUCUGGUCGUUUGCCUCCAAGUCCAGACGAACGCUUCCUCUUUCUCCCCAGAGAUACCCCUAGCCCGUCCAUUAUUUUUGUUUUUCCUGUCCAUAGCGUGAGAAGUACAACAGUUGUACUACAACUAUAGGACUCUAACUUACGACGUGUUCCACAGCUACAACCGAUCCUGUGACUGCUCAAUAAGAGGGUACUUAUUACUUCGCUUGACGAGGGAAGAGCGGUUUUCGAAAAAAAACGAAGGUCGAGGAUCAACAUAUGCAUGACGUAUCACUGCUGUUUAUAGUAUAAGAUCAGUCUAGGGACCACAGCAGCUGCAACAAGAAUACGAUGGCCGCAGUAAAGUCUGUGUAUCUCCCGGAGAUAUUUCAAUCGGUGCCUGCCCUCAACGAAAAGUUGGGGUACAUUACCAGAAUUGAUCUUCCUCUUCCUGACAUGAUAACCUUUAUCGUCAGACUGUCUGGAGCCAUGGCUCCUGAAAUCAAGCCAGAAAUCUUCUACUCUAAUCCGUGAAGAUUAUGAACGUAAGAACUGACUGAACUUUUACUUUAUUUUCAAUUGCCUGCUCCACGUCCACGACCAACCAAAUAAGUCUCCCUCUCGCAUCAAAAAAAACUACCAGCAGGUCUCGAUGUCGCUCAGCGCAAUUCGAGUUUCAAGCGACGCUUCGGGACAUGGAGUCUUCAGGCGCCAUAAGCAAGAGAGACGGUGAAUACUGGACUUUCACACCUGAAGAAGCAGAAACUGUAAAACAAAAACUUCUUGAAGCGCAUGCGGGGUUGUUGCAGGGCUGAUGAUGACAACAUCAUGUUGGGGGAUGAAUAUGAAGUCUGAAUGCACCAUAGAUAAAGAUAGGUUAACGCAAGAUGAUAUGGUAAACGUAAAGUCCGUAGUUUUGUAUUCGUCUUAAUUUGAUCGUCAUCGGGUUCUUGAACCGGUACUAGCAUCGAAGAUUGAAAGUUCGUUUGUAC